AUGAAUCGAUUUCUCAGCCGAAGAGAAAAAGGUGGAGGGUCGCAUCUCCGCCAGAAGUCCAGAGACAAGUCAGCAGAAAAAAAGAAGCUUCGCAUUAUCUUUUCAGAUCUUUCAAUAUUUGCAGCCACUUCGUUCCCCAAUGGGAAAGGAGAGCCUGUUUGUACAGAAACUACGUGUUGUGAACUUCAUGCGACAACUGCUAAUUCGAAGCCCGGUCGGGCUUUAUUGCAGAUUCGACCCAUUUCUGGCGAUAGCAUAAUUUCUGCAUUCAAGCCAGAUCCUCAGAAGAAGGUUGACAAAGAGGCGACGAGCAAGAUCACAACGAUCCGAGAGAGAAUGGCAGACCACGGUUACAGGAAUAUCGAAGAUGAGCAAAUAAAUUAUGCCCUCUCCUCAAAACAUGCCGAUGGAGAUACCGAGAAGGCUUUCGAGAUGGUGUUGCUGUUUCAGGAAUCUGUGGAUGGUGUUGUGAAGCCUUAUGACCCGACCGUUCUUAUGCUAGGUGCGGAGAAUCGAGAGGGAGUCACUUGCUACCUCGAUGCACUGCUUUAUGCGAUGUUCUCCAGAUUAGGUAGCUUCGAGCCUAUGCUGUACUCGAAAUUUGAAGACGAGCCUAGACGAAGACUGUCAACUCUCAUCAGGCUGUGGGUGAAUCUACUGAGGACCGGAAAGCUCAUCCAAACCGAUGUCACCAAGCACUUACAAGAGGCUCUUGCAGCUUGUGGUUGGGAAGAAGCCGCAAAUCUCGAACAGCAAGAUACCUCGGAAGCAUUCAGUUUUAUUACUGAGAAACUUGAAUUGCCACUUCUCACACUAAAGAUGGACAUAUUCCAUACUGGUAAGGAAGAUGACACCGAUGACCACAAAUUCGUACAAGAGCGACUGCUUGAAGUUGCAGUGCCAGAUGAUACGGAGAGGGAGCGACCAAUCAGGCUGGAAGAUUGCCUCGAAAGUUAUUUCAACAACCAAGUCGAAGUCGUGAGAAGACUAGAACGCUCCAACACAAGGACUUCAAUGAAAUCCUCCAAACCUGCUCUCUUUGACAAAAGCAGCUAUGAGAGAGAAUGGUCAGAGGGUGGAGCACCUCUUGUUGAAGUCUCGGAACUUGGAUGGAGCACACCGGAUACUCCAACCUCAAGCCAUGCUCCAGCAACACCAAUCUCGCCAGGUGGCCGAGAACGUGCACCAAGCAUAAUCAGACAUCGUAUCAUAUAUGACGACGAGAAAGAAGAUACGCAACACCUGGAGAGGGUUGAUACACCCACAUCUGUCCGCAAAGGAUCAGUACGCAAAGAAGUGCUGAUGCCCGCUUGGCAAUUCUUUAACUUAAUCCCUUGGUACACUCAACAUUCCCCCUCGAACGAUGCUGAAGUAGCGGCUCAUUUUUCCAAAACUCGUCCCGUCCUGGGGAUAUGCUUAAAACGCUACGCUAUGACGGAGGAUGGCCGUGCCAUCAGAAAGAAUACUUUCAUCGACAUUCCACUCGACAUAAGGCUUCCACAUUUCAUUCAGGAUGAAGUAGUGUCCGAAGAUGGACCUUUGAUGGGGAACUUCAAGCUUUCAUUACAAUCAGUUAUUUGUCAUAGAGGGAACUCGGUUCAUUCCGGUCACUAUAUCUCGUUUAUCCGUGGCCACCAGGUUGCUGACGGGGAUGCGGGGUCUUCACGUAGGCUCAGCAACAACACCAACCCACCAGUAUAUGCCGAAGACAAGUGGAUUAGAUUCGAUGAUCUCGCUUCUACCAGAGUAGAGUAUGUUGAUAUUGAGAAGGCAAUGAGGGACGAGAUGCCUUAUUUGCUAUUCUACCAAGUUACUCCAAUGCAUGAAAUGCACACGCUUCCUGAGGUCGAUCCACCAUCUUACCAUGACUCCGGUAUAGGAGUGACGGUUUCCAGUCCACAUUCGACAGAGCAGAGUUUGAGAGGUGCCAGUGAGGGUUAUUUCGAUGGUGUCAACGAGCCGCCAGCACCUCACACUCGUGCAUCUUCAGAGCUAGACAGAGCAGACGAGCCAAGAAAGAGUAUCAAUCUGUCAGACGAGCGUCGAGGAAGUUUGGCUUUUACCGAAGCAAGUGUGGCCAGCACCGCCAGUAUUCAUACUCCCUCGGCUCCUGUUACUCCAGGGGAAGAAACAGCGACACAGAGAAUACAACGAGCAGCCAGAGGACUUGCAAAAUCAGCAAACAAAAGUCGACCUACGAGCCAGUCAGGGGAAGGCCGAUUAAGCAUGACGCUUUCACGCCUCAACUGGCGAGCCAGCAAAGAGCAGCUUUCUAAUAAAUCCGAAAUCACAAAACAAGUCACCAAAGAGAAAGAAACAAUUCCGACAACAGCAGCUCCAGAUGUUCCGUCUGAAAUCCAAGAUACAUCGGCUAUAGAUGACUCGGUUCUCAAAACAGACGACGAGUCAACCCCUCAAAAGGCUUCCAAGAAGGACAAAAAGCGUAGCAAGAGCAAAGGUCCAGCGGAGCUCAUGGACCAUGAAAAUAACCAACACCACCUUCAUAGAGGUAGAGGGAAAGGCAAGGAUAAAGACAAGUCAAAAGAUAUAGAUAGGGAAUGCAGGAUUAUGUGA